AAGUUUGAUGCUCUAGGUUGAACUGUUGAAUGAUUUAUACCUCUACUAGGGUGGCCAGGUCCCCAGUCUUGUUAUAUGUGGCAGAUCUUCUAUUCCAAAAUUCAGCUCUAAGUUCACUGUAUCCAUUAUCUUCAAUGCUCUUUAUACGAUCUUUUGUUUGGCCUUUGUUGCAGUAGUUAUGGAAUCAGAAAAUAGAAGAAAAUCUGUGAAACCCAAAAAUGAAGAAAUCCCUUCAGUUCCCCCUGGUUUUAGAUCCCUUACUUCUUUCAUACUAAAAAGGGUUGCAAACACUGAUAAAUCUGAAUGUGAUCCAAUUUGCAUGGAGAGUAUAUUGAAGCUAAAUGAUGCUGCUGCAUAUAAGGCAAUUCUUAAGCAUCGUCCAUGGAUACUUUUUGAUCAAAGUGACCAUGACCUUAAGAAGUCUGACGCAGAGCAUUUUCCUCAGGGGUUUUCUUCAAAUGCUCAUCUUCCAAAAGGGGUUACUGUUGGUUGUCCAGAAUGUAGUGAUUGUCUGAAGGUAGCUGCAAGGUGGUGCCCUGAGGAUGCAAGAAGAGAUGUCCUUGAUGAAGUUCAAACUUUCCGCCCAACAGAAAAGGAAUUUGAAGACACACUUAAAUAUAUUGCAAGCAUACGUUCCAAAGCAGAGCCCUAUGGAAUUUGUCGUAUUAUUCCUCCUCCUACCUGGGAAGCACCAUGUCUUCCCGAGGAAAAAAAUAUAUGGGAAGAUGCCAAAGUUGUUACUCACAUUCAGCGGAUUGAUGGACUUCAAAUUCAGUUCCAACAAGAAGUUAUGGACAACUCUUCUGGAAAUGCAGAGACCAACACCAGAAGAGGUCUGAGAGUAGCUUUGGACUCUCAACCUGGUAAUGAAAACCCCCAUGAUGUUGAAGACUCUAAGUCCAAACCUGGCCCUACAUUCAAUCUCAGUACAUUUAAGAAAUUUGCUGAUGGUUUCAAGGCCAACUACUUCAACUGUGACAAUAAUGAUGUGGGUUCUGACGAAAAGUGGGAGCCAACGGUGGAAAAUAUUGAGGGUGAGUAUGGACGGAUUAUUCAAAAUCCAACUCAUGAAAUUGAGGUGCUUGUUGGUAACAACUUGGGGGCUGGAGUUUUAAGCACUGGAUUUCCAAUAAUGCCUGAUCCUCUGGAGUCAUGCAAAUAUCCGAAGUGUAUGAGAUCUGGAUGGAACUUAAAUAAUAUGCUUACACAAUCUGGUUCUCUUCUUUCAUUUGAAAGCUCUGAGGUUUCUAGUAAAUUUGCCCCUCGGGUUCAUGUGGGAAUGUGUUUUUCUUCAUUCAAUUGGAAAGUAGAAGAGCACCAGUUGUACACAUUGUGUUACAUGCAUGUGGGAGAGCCUAGAGCUUGGUAUAGCAUUCCGGGAAGAUUUGCUGCUGACUUUGAAACAGUGAGGAAGAAGCAUCUCCCAGUUUUAUUUGCAGAACAGCCUGACUUGCGUGACAAGUUGUUAUCCUCCACCUUAUUGAAGUCAGAGGGUAUACCAGUAUAUCGCUGUGUUCAGUAUCCCAGGGAGUUCGUUCUUGUUUUCCCAGGAGCAUACCAUUCUGGAUUUGAUUGUGGUUUCAAUUGCUCUGAAUCAGUCAGUUUUGCUCCUCUUGAUUGGCUGAUCCACGGACAGAAUGUUGUAGAGUUAUAUUGUGAACAAAGGAGAAAGACUUCAAUAUCAUAUGAUAAGUUGCUUCUUGGGGCGGCAAGGAAAGCUGUUAGGGCACAAUUUGAGAUUGAACUCUGCGGGAUGGGUAACCCAGAUAAUUUACACUGGAAAGAUGCAUGUGGAAGGGAUGGGAUAUUAACAAAAGCUUUUGAUUUACGGAGAAAGAGUGAAAGUUCGAAGAGGGAAUUUCUUUGCGCUUCCCUGAAAUCACAGAGAAUGGAAAAGGACUUUGAUGUCACAUGCAAAAGAGAAUGUUGCGUAUGUCUGCGUGAUUUACACUUAUCUGCCAUAAGUUGUCCAUGCUCAAACGACAAAUUUGCAUGUCUUAAUCAUGCAAAGCAGCUGUGUUGCUGCCCUUGGAGUGACAGAUCCAUUCUCUGCCGAUACGAAAUCAGCGAGUUGGAUACCCUUUGUCUUGCUUUGGAGGGAAAAGCAAGUGUUGUCCACAAAUGGGCCAAAGUCGAUCUUGGAUUAACUGUGCACUCCCUUGCCUCCAAGAGAAAUAUGAGUGGUUCUUCGUCUAACCCUUUGGCCAGAGAAGCAUUUUUGAAUUCUCUGAAACGGAAAAGAGAUGCAGUCGAGUCCGAAGGUACGAGCACGGAUGGUAUCUCUUCCAGCAUCGAGGCAAAAUUGAAGGCACCUUUACCUGAAUCAACAUGUGUUGGUAAGUCCAUGGGAAAACAGAAAACGACAGGCCAACAAUCUACAGCAAGACACAUUAAGAGUGGGGCCAAUUCUGCUGCGGCCAAUAUACCUGAUCCGAAGUCACGGAAGGUUCAGUCGUCAAUUCCAAGUUUAGCUAAAAAUGACCCAAAAGUGGGUAGGGAUUUUCUAGGUCUUAGUCUAACGUCAGGUCAUAUGGCACUGCUGCCUGAAGUCAGGCCAUUUGAUGUUUCUUCAGAUAGUUCAUCUUCAUUAUCAGAAUCCGAUGAUGACGCUUAAGCAGCUGGUAGUAAGAAAAUUUCAUGGAGCAGUACUUAACAGUGUUUGAUUCCCACAAAAGAAUCAUCUGUGAAGUGCAGUACUGGAUGUGCGGAUGAUACAUCCAUUCAGGCUUCAGGGUUUAGACUUUGAGCUUGAGCUGCAAUUAGGGGCUUCAUGUGUACUCACAAAUUUAUAUUCUUUUAUAUCAUUAUCUUCCCAAAAUACGCACACAUAUAUGUAUGAUGUAAAAUACCAAUCCAUGUAGCUGUAAUUUUAUUUUCUCCAUCUGAAUUUGGAAAAGUGCUCACCAGGAACAUAAGCUGGCCCAAGCAGGACUAGAAAAAAUAUAUGCUGACAUGGAAUAUAUCGUGAAGUACAAGAACUAGAAACAAAACACGAUUAAAGACGUGUAGUAUUUUUUAAUAUAUCGUUAUAUUAUUUAUUA